AUGCUGAACAUUACGUCGAUUGGGGCUGUGGUGCAGAGCUCGACUUACUGCGGCGCAAUGUUUGGGAAGCCAAUCAUCUACCCUGAUGGCUACACCAUUGAGCGCGCCGUCUUUGCGCCAGCGCAAGCACCAAAGCCCACUUUCACCUACAAGGCUCCAUUCACCACUUCUGCUGCCGCGAUGAAAGACGAGCUGUACUUUACGGCGACCAUCCGCUGGGUGAAGGGAUACCCCACCUUCACCAUCGCCCGCAGUGACAAUCCUGCCGAGAAGAUAUACACAGACAUCAAGUCUGCCACAACUGCGUGGCGCAAAGCGCUCGAGGAUGCUGUGAAGGACUUCCCUGGGCGACAAGCUGAUCUUCCAGUGCUAAGCGACUCCAAGUCGAAGUUGCAGGUGAACGGAAUUCGACUCUACUGCCUACACUUGAAAGAUGUCCACGACGAGCUCGUAGCGUUGCCAGGUGGUCAAGCUGCGUUUGACGCUGCUGCUGCUGCUGCUGCUGCAGCCCCGCCGUCCUCGGCCGUAGCAGCUGACGCGGCGGAACUCGACACACGCAGCACGAGUCUUCUCUCUGCUCCUGGCUCACAAUCCCAGUCACAGUCGAAGGCACGAGGCCAUCGGGCGGUCUCGCCAGUGCCGAAGAGCUAUGCCGAGGGCCCUACCGAGGCGCCCAGCAGCGCACACUCCAGCAAGAAGAGAGCCACUCCCAGCCGUCGCGCUUCGGUAGACAAGGAUGCAUCACCGACGGCAUCCACAGCGAGUUUGAGUGUCACGGCCACCAUUGGCAGUCAACCCUUGAAGAAUGGAGUGGCGAUAGGUCCAGCCAAGAGGCGGCAGAUGCACAAGCUGAAGGGCCUCCAAGCGGCCGUCACUACAGAGUCUACCGCCGUGACCAGUGGGGAGACGGCAGCUAGCAUGGAUUCUCUCUCGGUAAAGCGGCGGCGCACGCCCAGCAACAAGAGAGGUCCAGAGACCAAACUUGCACCGGCUGCCGUUGUUGUGGUGUGCCCAGACUGCGGUUUGAGUGGUACACCAUUCUGCGCCACGACGGGAAAGCCACACUUGCCUCCGCCUUGCAUCAAGUGUGGACUCACGACAGCAUUCUGCCCGGCGACCGGCCAGCCGCACUCUGGGGCGGUGCAGCGCGAGAACCGCCAGCGAGGAGAGGUUCACCUGCCCGGCGCAGCCCGCAAGCCUUGGCGACGCGUCUCAAAGCAGCCCCUAGGGGCACACGCAGCGGCAGGUACCGGUGGCGAGGUGACGGCGGGGACCAUGAUCGCGACGCAGGAUGGUGACGGCAGCGCUGUGGACGCAGGAGAAGGGGCGGGGGCAGAUAAGAAGCCCCGUCGGAAGCGUCUGCGUGCUGAGGGCGGGUCUAGGCAGAGGUCUGGCGGGGGCGCCGAUGUGUCCACCGAUGGCACGACGGAGAAGCGUGCUCGCGCUAGCCGCUCACGCAAGGCGAAGGACAGAGCCCUGGUCUCAGCGCCGUCUACGGAUCCAUUGGCAAAGGGCAUCGAAGCUAUCAAAGGUGAUGCCAUCGCUGCCUCAGUGGUGGUGGACGCACCACCUCCGGUGGAGGUGCUGGUGCACACAUACCCACCGCUGCGCCCUCCGCUCACUCUUCGUGAGCACCACAAGGCUGCUCAUCUCCUGCAAGAGAGCUGGAAGGCGCAGUAUGGAGAUGGUCCAGUGCUGCCGGCGGCGGUGGGCGCGGUACCGCUUGCACUCGUGCCGGCAAAGCGCGUUGCGGCCGCAGGGGCAAAUCGCCGGCGAAGGGGCCGCGGCGGUGGGGCAGCGAGUGACGGUGCCAGCGGCGAGGAGGGCAGGCAAUCGGACGACGGCGAAGGUGGGGAGGGGAAGGAGACCCGCGUUGCACGCGCGAAGAGUGGCGGCUACGACGACGGUGACGCCAACAGCGGUACUGACACCACGAAGAGCGGAGUUUGCAGUACCGUUGGAAGUCCCACAUCGACGACCGCCACCGCCCCGGCGAUUCCGACGAUGGUACACCCUCUGGAGGUGACGCAGCUAGCCACCAGCGUUGUCGGGAAGCGGCUUUCGCGGUUUCUGCUGCAGUACACGAGCGAGCGCACUCUCUUUGACUUGCUGAAGAGCUCCUCGGCCGCGGCAGACGGCGGUGCGGGGAAGAAAACACCUAAGCAACCAGUACAGCAGACGUCGGCUGGCGGCGAAACCGGUGCCGGAGGUGAGGGUAACGGAGAGCAUGCUGUGGAUGUAUCUGGAGCAUCUCUGAGAGAGGAAUCCCAAGAGUCAGUCACGCACGAGGUGGACGGUAUUGACGGCGCAGUACCACCAGAGUGA